CGCAGGCACGGGUGGCGGCGACCCGCCGGACGCGCGGUCGAUACCGGCAGCGUGAGCCGUCGACGCUUUGUUGUGGCCGACCACGAGGGUCUGGUGGGCGCGAGCGGCGCAGUGGUGAGCCUCGGCGACCCUUCCCGGGACUGAACAGUUGGACUCGAGCUGUGAAUUGUUUCGGGCCUACUUCACGGUCCUGGAGAGGGUAGCUGAUGAGGCGGCCGGAAACUCGAUACGCGAGGAACUGCUGGAAUUUCUUCAGAUCCCAGCCAAGUAUCUGAGGAAGCGACUGAAAAUCCUGCGGCGGCUCCGUGGCCUCAGCUCAUCAACGGAGGCACCGAUUUUACAAGCGCUCAUCAGAGAAAUCACGAAUGUUCUGGAGCCGGCGGAGUCUAUAACUGGGGGUCAGCCAGAGGAAGCAGACAUGCUCGUCUCUCAGCCACAGCUCACCUACAUGAAGGGCAUCCAGCCGGUGUCGCUGUCGGAGCGGCGCUGGGUGCACGCGGACGAGGUGGCGAUGCGCCGCGGCCGUCAGUGGCGGCCCUGCUACCUGGUGCUGCUCUCCGACCUGGUGCUGAUCGCACAGCGCAACAGGCAGGUGGUGUUCGUCACCGAGCCGCCGCUGAUGCUCGUCGAUGUCAUCCAGCACACGUUCAACGUCAAAAAGAAAGAGACAGAGUUCCAGUUGACGGUGCCGGCGGCCGGCGGCGGUCAUCGCAAGCCGCGCUGUCUUGCCUUCCGCGCGCCAAACCUGGAGGCCAAGCUCGCAUGGGAGGACCAGGUCCACAAGCAGAUGAGUCUGAUGAGGGCCAGCCAAAGCUCCGGCAGCCUGGCGUCACAGCGCAGCGUCUCCUGUGACGCCCUCAUCGAAACGUACAAGUUCGAGGACCUGAAGCCCGCCGAGCCGCAUGGCGCGGAGCGGGGCCGCCGGAGAAGCAGCUCUCCGCCGACGUCUGAUCGGCGGCUCUCCACCAGCAGCGGCUCGCACGUGCUGCCGGCGCCCGUGAAGCGGCAGCGCCCGGACACGCUGCGCGCGCGGCUGUUCGGCGCACCGGCCCGGCCGCGGCCGCUCAACGUGAAGAAGCUGAGCGCCUCCGCCAAGUGCUGCCAGUACCUGAGUAGCCUGAACGUGCCGGCCGGCGAGCGCGGCCGCGUCACGCCCGUGUUCGAGCGCGAGGGCGACAUGACGAUCGCCGACUUCGUUAAGAAGCGUCAGAAGGUGUUGUUCGACGUGCAGUCGGCCGACAGCGCCGACGGCGCGUUCGAGACGUUCCUGCUGGACGACGAGCUGAGCUCCAACAGCGUCACUCCGCCGCCGCCGGGCUCCCGGCACGUGUCGUACGGGUGUGUGAACGUGGUGCGCUACCGGGGCGCGCCACCGCCGCCGCGCCGCUGCCGCCCCCAGUACAACCCCUACCUGGACGACAGGAUCGAGCAGGACUACCCGGAGCUGGUGGGCGCGCCGGUCCGCCGACCCUCCCUCACUCAGGGGUCAACAGAGGACUCAGGGGUCGCAGAGGACAGCGGGAACGGCGGCGCGGCGCAAUCCAAACGCGGCCUGCUGCCCAGUCCGUCCAUGAAGUUCGCAGACGAUGAUGACUUGUCUCCUACCGGACCAGGCGGGCUGUCACUCCUGAGAGGGACAGUUGAAUCAACAGGGAGCAAGACGAACGGACAGGCCAGGCUGCAGGAGAUGAAUGAAGAAGAGAUGACAAACAGGGUAACUACUUGUAACAGGGUAACUGAGCAGGCCACUGAUCAUGUGGUUCAGGGCUCUAAACUAAGGCAGAUAGAUCGAAGCUACGAACAAGAGUCCCGCGAUCAGCAAUCGUUUGAGUGUGAGAAACUUUCCAGAACGGCAAAGAAGUGCAACGGUGAAUCAGAAUCAUCCGUGACGACUGGCAAGUGCGAAAGAAAAACCAGUGUGAACGAAGAAGAGACAAACAGGUCUGGGGAGCACGAAAGUGAAUCGCCCGUACUGGAGCUAUCACUACCAGCUUCAAAUGGAGUACUGGGAGCGCCACUCUGCUACGAAAUAUGCGUAAACCCUGAAAAUGACGGAAACGACAAAACUCUUGCCGCUAUUGUACAUUCGAAACCUCCACCAUCACCUGUUGCCGGUGAGUCCUCUGCGGUUUCUCCGAGAGAACUAGUUUCAUCAGAUGCAUCUUGCCAUAGCCAACCAAGUUCAUACGCUCGCGACGCGGCCGAUAGAGACGUAAAGGAAAGCAUCGAUGAGGAUAGUCGUAGAGUGGAGCGCUUAGAACGGAACAGCAGCGCCGAAGAGCAUGACGACAGGCGCAUGUCUGAGAGUAGAACGUCCGGUAGUCCUCGUAGCCAGUGCAGCGGUUUCGUAGACGAGUCACCAGACGCAGGCGAAGGUUGCGGCGAAGUCUCCACUGACUUCGCGGUACUGCGUGCGUCUAUCUCGCCUACCCGCAUCCCCGCGACACUUUCGCUGGGCGAUCACGGGAAGCCUACGGCUCGUGACGGCGCCGACGACGACCGCUGGACUGCGGAGACAACGAUCCUGGAGCCCACGGUCCUGCGGGACGACCUCACCGAGCUAGAGGACUCGGCCUACCUCUCGCGCAGUGACGAGCUGCUGGAGCGCCACUCACAGAAGGUGCUGUCCACUGCGCUGUCCAGCAGCCUCUCCAGCUUGGCGCGCCGCGCCGGCUCGAUCCCCAGCUCGCUGGACCGUUCGGAGGUGCGAGCCGACCCGGCUGACCCGCCCCUGGCCUGUCGGAGUGAAGAGGUGCUGCCGGCCUUUCGGUGUGAUGACGUCGAUGAGCAAGGGGCCAGCACCACUGGCGUCACAGGCGCCUUGCUGACGCGCCACGGCACUAGCUGUGAUCUGGUGACAGACGUCAGCCACGGUUACGUGCCUUGCGCGCGACGUGGGGCGACCAAGGCGCUCCAGCGGCCUUACGGCCAGCUCGUGGCAAGACAGGUGGCAGCGUUCGAGCGGCAGGCGGGAGCGGCGGCGCCAGCCGCGCCCGUGCCUCGCGCCACCAGCCUGGGCGCGCUCUGGCAGGUUCCGCCCGAACGGGGCAGUGCAGACCUCUCUCCGGCGACUCCGUCCAGCCGCGGCAGCUACCUGACCUCCGGCUCCCCGGCCACCUCGGCAUCUGCCUGCGACCUGGACUCGACCGGUGAGGACGCCACACUGGCGCCAUCCAGCGGUGACAGCCAGAACUCGCUGUUUGGCGGCCUGCCAGAUCUGGAAGACGAAGUGGCGCCCGACCUGACUCUGGAGCUGGCCGACGGUUACCGAACGCAAACCGACCGCCUUAUGCCGCUCUCCGACAUCGAGGAGAUCACCGAGGAACUGGACGGCUUCGUGUCCGGCUCAGACAUCUUGUCGCCCAUCAGCGAGGAGGCGUCUUCUUCGAGCGCACCGCAGGAGCCCUCGCCGCCGGAGCGCGAUUCCUUCCUAAGGCCGGUCCCGCGCAAGAGGCAGACGCAAAUCAAAUGCGAUGUUAAUCAGCAGCAGGAUCACCAGGCCUCCGAGCACAUGCGGAAUAAGGUGCGAAUGUGGGCAAACGGGAUCGACGUGAUCCCCUACUCCGGACCGAAGACCAGCAGGCGACAUGGUGAAGACGGCUGUUAUCGAACCACUGAGGGAGUGGUGGCAAACACUGGCCAGCCCAGCGUUGAGCGAGCGUUGGAAGUCAUCACGGACAGCUUCCGCGGGAUCGGAUCGGAGGAUCAGCCCGACGAGGAGGAAGCUGAUGCUGCUGAAAUACAGGUUCCUGACGACUUAGAAAGUCCGGAGGACCAAACCCAUGAGUCUCCCGUGAGAGAGGAAGCACCUUCACAUCGGACUGAUAAGGAUUCAACAAAGGUGACUACCAUAACUCCACAUGUGGCGAAAUCCGAGACAACGGAACAUAGCCAAACAAAUCCUACCUCAUCUUCCACGCAGGACGACCUUGCUGGCGAUGGACCAAGACAUGGUGAUGAACCAUUCGCUAAUGGUAACGGCUCUUCAGAGAAGAGCGGGCACGAAACCGGAGAACCGGAGGGCGAGACACAACAACCAGCACAGCGAAAUCAGGAUGCUGAAGCGUUCGACGCGACUAAGCAUCAGCCAACCGCCAACGAUAGUCUGAAGGACGAUGGCAGAGGUUUGAUUGACGCUGAAGUCAGCAGAGAAAAGGCAUUGGACGCUGAAACGCUCAACACGAAAGAAGUCGCGACAAACGACUCGUCAAAAGCCAACAAUAUUGCGGGAAGAGAAACAGCGAGAGAAUCUGGUGAAAUCGCUUUAACGGAUGGCCCACAAUCGCUGGAGAUUGCAUCAACCAAGGAGGUCAAUGUGAGUUCAGAGGAUACCCGACUUAUGGAGCUUCCAACGAAAUCAUCGGCAGAUAGUGUUGACAAUCAAAUGAGUCAACCAUUACCGGGAUCUAGUCCCCUGUCGACUCAGUUUGAACAUCCGGCGCCAGAACAAAUACCAACAGACGAUGAAGUCCACCAAACACAAAACCAGAGGGACAGUAAGGAAGAGCAGAAUGUUGCUCUACUCGACAACAGCCCGCAAACGAAGGAGAGGGGCGACCGGGUACGACACAAUAAUGACGAACAAGAGCCAAGGACAACAGAUGACGACGAGUUGCCGUCGAACGAAUCCAGCCAGCCGAUAGACGAGGUUGGGUUCGCUCUCAAACCAUCAGAAGACCCUGGUGUCUAUCUAAAGACGAACGGUAGCAUGGAUGAAGAAGUUGAUGCGGCCACCAGAAACGUCGCAGAUGUCAAAGCAGAUGCGAGCCUUCCUGAAGAGGUUUCGAGAACAAGUUUCGCCGAAACAGUUCAAGGAAGUCUGAAUUGUCCCAAGGCAGCUGACUCCGCUCCUCAAAAUCCCAACGAUCCUGCUGAUGCUGACAGGCGCUUCCAAUCUUCCAACUACCAUGAAGAACUCCCAGCAGACUCGGAGAUUGAAACCGAGAACGAACAUCCCCAAACUGAAGACGAGCAUCAUGGACCCGAUGGUGACCAUAUCGAAGCCGAUAACCUGCUGACAGAAACCGAAGCAGGUUCUGCCAGUGUCGAAGGGCGGCUUAGAGGGGUCGACUGUGGGCCUGCCGCGACUGAGGGCGGUUCUGCCGGAGCGGAGAGCGGUCCGGCCGAGUCGCCUCGUCUGGUGGCCAGCAUCCGCAGCCUGCUGCGCCACCUGAGUCCGGUGACGGAGAGACGUCGCCAGGAAGGGGACCACCGCGACACCCACGACGGACACCAGGCGCCAACGCGAGCCAAACGAUUUCCUAAGUUUUGGUCGCACCACUCACGCCGGGACCGUAAGAGUGAGCCGAUCAGCACGCACGACUCUGCUCAUCACGGCUCUCACGUGUCGAGAUCAGGGAAACUCACCAUCCUCACACGUCAGCGACCAUUCACCAUGGCUACUGUGAGUCAGAUGGCGGCGCCGGAGGGCCACGCCGCAGGUCGCAUCGCGGUACUGCCGUCCGGCGCCCUGUAGACAACCUGCGGUGACCCAAUGAGCAGUGACCUGCAAGACCGGGCGCCCUGUAGCGACCUAGUGGGCAGUGACCUGCACUUACCCAGUGACUUGCAGUGACCCAAGAGCCUGCAGCGGUCCCAGUGACCUGCCUACGGCAGAAGGUGCGGUAGCACGGGCUGGUAGACAUCCGCAGUGAACCCGCCUCCAGCUUGAAACGAUAGAGGACGGCACUGACUGAUGACAUUGGACGCUAUAGCUUCGCCGUAGUGUCGCUCAGAUCGACGCGUAGAGGCGUAGUACGACGCUACUGCUAGAUAGGCAGUGCCAUCUGUAGCCCGUAUAGCUAACCAGUAGCAAGCGAGGGUGUCCGACGCAGUUUGACGUCACUUGCCUCCUAGCGACGCGCGUAGCUUUGCAAGCUCAAAGCAUCUUUACCUCUAAAAACAACACAUGAUACUGUUGAGUGUAACUAUGUGCAAUACGGGCUAGUCCCGAGGAAUGCUCACGAUGAUGGUUGGUAUCGGUGAAGGCGGUAGUACCAGUAGCUGGAUAAGGAAGGACGUCAGACAGUUCCCGAUCGAGGGUUCUAGAGCCUGCUCGAUGGGUAUCGGCGCACGAGGUGUGGCUUGGCAGGUCCCAGGUGGUCUGUUAGCCAUGGUUAGAUGACCAUGUUAAAUCUGGAGUCAGAUUCUGGUAUUACACCCCGGUGAACAGCUGAUAUCACACAUGAACACGUUUCCUGUACGUUUGGAAUUGGAGUAUGCUAAAACAGAAGCAAUCACAAGCCACGUACGCUGUUCAACCUGGCUGACACUUGGUUCACAGCGCUCACAGAAGUGUUACCUCCACUGACACAAAUGUAUCGAACAGCACUAACAGCUCUCUGGUGCCUGGCACCCUCCGAGCAGAGCUCGGCGUGUAGUGGUGGGUCUAUAUGUCCACGGUGGCAGAGGUCGGGAGCAGACGACGGUCUCUGGACCGCCGCGCUCUUGUGCUUCCCGUCCACGUUUCUAAGUGUUCACCCAGUCAGCAGCGGAGUGAAAAUCGCUGGAGGUUGGCCAGGGUAGCGAAUUUCGCGGCGUUGUCGUGACCUCAGAGGUCUUGUGAAGUGUGAACUGGCCUGUCAACUAUUCAUUGCUCGUACUCGCCACAUCACCAUCGUUAUGUCAAUAAAUAUGAUUAGAUACUUUA